UAGCGGUAAUGAUUAUCGUCCCUUUCUUCCACUCUUUCUAUGUCUCACUUUCAUAUCAUGGAUUCUCUUUCCAUCAUCCUGUCUUCUUCUCCUCCCAUCCGAAUCCAAAACUGCUUCAAAACUCUUAAAUUCUCCACUUCUAAACCUUGUUCUUCGUCUUCUCUUCCAAUUCAAAACCAUCUCCCAAAUAUCAGACCCUCUCUCUCAGCUAAAAACAGUUUUCUCUCUUUAACUACACUUCACCUCCUCACUUCUCUUCCUUCUCUAGCCUCUGAAUCUUUAGCAACUCCAACAACUGACAAAAUAAACUUGGAAUCAAUUUUAGUCUCAAUUGAUGACUUCUUCAAUAGAUACCCAUUUUUCGUUGCUGGGUGUACUUUCAUUUGGCUUGUUGUUAUACCUGUAACCAAACAGUUAUUGAGGAAAUACAAUUUCAUUUCUGCAAUUGAUGCGUUUCGAAAACUGAAGGAUGAUAAAAAUGCUCAGCUUUUGGAUAUUAGGGAAAAGAAGAGUAUGGUGGCUCUGGAGUCUCCAAAUUUAAAGAUUUUGGAUAAAACUGCUUGUCAGGUUGAAUUCUCUGAAGAAGAUGAAGAUGGGUUUGUAAAGAAUGUGUUGGAGAAGUUUCCAGAUCCUGCAAAUACCAUUUUGUGUAUUUUGGACAAUUUUGAUGGUAAUUCGAUGAGAGCGGCAGAGUUAUUGUUCAAGAAUGGAUUCAAAGAGGCCUAUGCAAUAAGGGGCGGGGUCAGGGGCAAAAAGGGGUGGUUGGCAAUUCAAGAAACUCUUCUACCGCCUUCCGUCAAUAUGUACCCCAAGAAGAAGAAGAAGAAGGAUAAAAUCUCACAACUGGGAACUAAUGGAGGAGUUGGUAUGCAGAGUGAAGAAAAGAAUAACAGUGUCUCUUCUGCUGCUCCUUCCAUAGAAGAAAACCAAAGAGCAGACAACAGACACAUAACCAAGUUCAUAAAAUCCACAUCUCAUAUGAAGAUUGAUUCCAGAUCUCCUUACCCUCGUUACCCAGAUUUGAAACCUCCUUCUUCUCCAACCCCAUCAAAGCCAUAGCUGCAAGCCGACUGCUUUGAAGUAUCUUCUUUUGGAUUGAAGCUCCUGCUUUUUCAUGAUGCAGCUUUAGUUUGUGUAUUGUAAUUGGUUUAUUUUUCAAUUUCGAUAGUUGUUUCUAUAAUCCGAGUUCAUGAAUUAGAAGUAGAAAUGCCAGUUGUUUCUCCUUUGUAGGAAUUUGGUAAGCAAAUGGUUUGGUUAAUCAAAAUUUGAAUCAAACCAAUUUAUUUCAAUAUUUCAAUUUUCAAUUUUAUUAAA